CGCGGGAGGAAGCGAUGCUUUCGAGCCCGUCUGAGGUACUUUCUCCGGCCCUUUGCUUCUGAGUUUCCGUUAGCCUUGUGGCCGAGCUGAAAGGGCUGCGGAGCAUUAGUGCCGUCCGUUUCCCCUCAGUGUUAUCUCCCUCCUUCAAUCCUGCCAUGGAUCUCGACGAGUCCUCCCCGCUCAAGACGGUGAACACAAACCCCAAAGUGAAUAAGAUCAAAAACGAAGAUGCCAAAAAAAGGUUGUCUGUCGAACGCAUCUACCAGAAGAAAACCCAGCUGGAGCAUAUAUUGCUCCGGCCGGAUACGUAUAUUGGCUCUGUAGAACAGGUCACCCAGCAAAUGUGGGUCUUUGAUGAAGAUGUGGGCCUGAACUGCAGGGAUGUCACCUUUGUACCUGGCCUGUAUAAAAUUUUUGAUGAAAUCUUAGUCAAUGCUGCUGAUAACAAGCAGAGGGAUAAGAACAUGUCUUGCAUCAAAGUUACAAUUGACCCGGAGAAUAAUACAGUCUCUAUUUGGAACAAUGGAAAAGGGAUUCCUGUUGUAGAACACAAAGUGGAGAAAGUCUAUGUGCCAGCUCUUAUUUUUGGGCAGCUUUUGACUUCCAGCAACUAUGAUGAUGAGGAAAAAAAGGUCACAGGUGGUCGAAAUGGUUAUGGAGCAAAGCUGUGCAACAUCUUCAGUACCAAAUUUACAGUGGAAACUGCAUGCAGAGAAUAUAAGAAGCUCUUUAAACAGACUUGGACUGAUAAUAUGAAUAAAGCUGGAGAGAUGAAAUUGAAGUCCUUUGAUGGUGAGGACUUUACAUGCAUCACUUUCCAACCCGAUUUGUCAAAAUUUAAAAUGACCACUUUGGACAAAGACAUUGUGGCUCUAAUGUCUCGCAGAGCUUAUGAUAUUGCAGGAGCAACCAAAGAUGUCAAAGUCUUCUUGAAUGGAAAGAAGCUACCUGUCAAAGGAUUCCGCAGCUAUGUGGAUAUGUAUAUUAAAGACAAGCUGGAUGAAACUGGCAAUUCAUUGAAAGUUAUCCAUGAACAAGUUAAUGACCGAUGGGAGGUUUGUCUAACAAUGAGUGAAAAGGGCUUCCAGCAAGUUAGCUUUGUCAAUAGCAUUGCUACAACUAAGGGUGGCAGACAUGUAGACUAUAUUGCUGACCAAAUUGUCAACAAACUCAUUGAUGUGGUAAAGAAAAAGAACAAAGGUGGUGUUGGAGUAAAGCCUUUCCAGGUGAAGAAUCACAUGUGGAUUUUCAUAAACUGCUUGAUUGAAAACCCAACUUUUGACUCCCAAACAAAAGAGAAUAUGACACUUCAAGCAAAGAGCUUUGGCUCAGUAUGCAAGCUGAGUGAAAAGUUUGUCAAGGGGGCAAUCACUUGUGGUAUAGUGGAAAACAUUCUGAAUUGGGUCAAAUUUAAAGCCCAGGUUCAACUUAACAAGAAAUGCUCUGCUGUAAAACACACUAGAAUUAAAGGAAUACCUAAGCUGGAUGAUGCCAAUGAUGCUGGGAGCAAGAACUCUAUCAACUGUACACUCAUUCUAACAGAAGGUGAUUCAGCUAAGACAUUAGCUGUUUCUGGCCUUGGAGUUGUAGGCAGGGACAGAUUUGGAGUAUUUCCCCUGCGUGGAAAGAUGCUCAAUGUACGGGAAGCUUCCCACAAACAGAUAAUGGAGAAUGCUGAAAUUAACAACAUUAUUAAGAUUGUGGGUCUGCAAUAUAAGAAGAGCUAUGAUGAUGAAGAAUCAGUCCGGAGCCUACGUUAUGGAAAGAUCAUGAUCAUGACAGAUCAGGAUCAAGAUGGUUCCCACAUCAAAGGCUUGUUGAUUAAUUUCAUACACCAUAACUGGCCUUCUCUUCUGAGGCACCGUUUCCUUGAGGAGUUCAUUACUCCCAUCAUAAAGGUUUCUAAAAACAAAGAAGAGAUUCCUUUCUAUAGCAUUCCUGAAUUUGAAGAAUGGAAAAGCAGCAAUCCUAACUACAAAAACUGGAAAAUCAAGUACUACAAAGGUCUGGGUACCAGCACUUCAAAGGAGGCAAAAGAGUAUUUUGCAGAAAUGGCAAGGCACCGAAUACCCUUCAAGUACUCUGGCCCCGAAGAUGAUGCUGCGAUUACUCUGGUAACACAGCCUUUAGCAAAAAAAAAGGUUGAUGACCGAAAGGAAUGGCUGACAAACUUCAUGGAAGACCGAAGGCAGAGGAAGCUACAUGGACUGCCAGAUGAUUACUUAUAUGGGAAAGCUACAACUUAUCUGACAUACAAUGAUUUCAUCAACAAAGAACUUGUUCUCUUCUCAAACUCUGACAAUGAGCGAUCCAUCCCAUCAUUGGUUGAUGGACUGAAGCCAGGUCAGAGGAAAGUUUUGUUCACAUGCUUCAAAAGAAAUGACAAGCGGGAGGUGAAAGUUGCCCAGUUGGCUGGAUCAGUGGCUGAAAUGUCCUCUUACCAUCAUGGAGAGGCCUCACUGAUGAUGACCAUUAUCAAUUUGGCUCAAAAUUUUGUGGGCAGCAAUAACCUUAACCUGCUUCAGCCCAUUGGCCAAUUUGGAACCAGGUUGCAUGGUGGAAAGGACUCAGCUAGCCCUCGAUACAUCUUCACUAUGCUCAGCCCUUUGGCACGAUUGGCUUUCCCAGCAGUAGAUGACAGUGUUCUAAAAUUUUUAUAUGAUGAUAACCAACGGGUAGAACCAGAAUGGUAUGUCCCCAUCAUUCCCAUGGUCCUAAUCAAUGGUGCUGAGGGUAUUGGAACUGGCUGGUCAUGCAAGCUUCCCAACUACGAUAUCCGAGAAGUGGUGAAUAACAUUCGACGCAUGCUGGAUGGAGAUGAACUGCUGCCAAUGGUUCCUAGUUAUAAGAAUUUCAAAGGUACAAUAGAUUCACUGGGGCAAAACCAGUACCUAGUCAACGGGGAGGUGUUCAUUCUUGAUUCAACCACCAUUGAGAUUUCUGAGCUUCCUGUUCGCACAUGGACACAGGUAUACAAAGAACAGGUUUUGGAACCCAUGCUGAAUGGCACAGAAAAGACUCCCCCACUAAUAACAGACUACAAAGAAUACCACACAGACACCACUGUCAAAUUUGUAGUAAAAAUGAGUGAACAAAAUCUGGCACAAGCAGAGGCUGCUGGGCUACACAAAGUCUUCAAACUACAGACUCCUCUUUCUUGCAACAACAUGGUACUUUUUGAUCACGUUGGCUGCCUGAAGAAAUAUGAAACUGCAGAGGACAUUCUACGAGAGUUUUAUGAACUUAGAUUGCGCUAUUACUCCUUAAGAAAAGACUGGCUUGUUGGGAUGCUCAGUGCAGAGUCAUCAAAACUGAACAACCAGGCUCGCUUUAUCCUAGAAAAAAUAGAGGGCAAAAUUGUGAUUGAGAACAAGCCCAAGAAAGAAUUAAUUAAGGUCCUCAUCCAGAGGGGUUAUGAUUCUGAUCCAGUAAAGAAAUGGAAGGAAUCUCAACAAAAGGGCAAUGAUGAUGACACAAGUGAAGAAGGAGAAAGUGAGAAGGAAAAUGAAUCUGUUGGAACCACUGGGCCAGAUUUCAACUACCUUCUGAACAUGCCUCUCUGGUACCUAACAAAGGAAAAAAAGGAUGAACUGUGCAAGCAGCGAGGUGACAAAGAAACUGAGCUGGAAACCCUGAAACAGAAGAAACCUGAUGAUUUAUGGAGAGAAGAUCUUGCUGUCUUUGUUGAGGCUCUUGAUGACCUAGAAGAGAAGGAAAAACAGGAUGAAAUGUCAGGGGGUGCAAGCAAGCCCAUCAAAGGAAAAGGUGGAAAGCCAAAAGUAAAGAAGCUGCAGGAAGUCAUGCCCUCUCCACAUGGCAGAAGGGUCAUUCCCCGAGUAACUGAAGAGAUGAAGGCAGAUGCAGAGAAGAAAUCAAAAAGAAAAAUAAAGACUGAAAAAACUGAGCUUGAUGAGAAUCAAGGUGUUCCUCUAGGGGGUGAUAAGGAACCAAAGAGCCUUAAACAAAGGUUGGCAAAGAAAAUGAAAACAGAGCCAGAUUCCAAGAAACAAUCUCUGCUGCCAUUCAAACCAGUGGCAAAAACCACGAAAAGAAACCCUUGGUCAGACUCGGAAUCUGAUUUUGAUGAUGCUGAAAGUGACGUAGCAGAGCCUGCAUCUCGUGAAAACAUGCCACGCCGCCAAGCUGCAGCAAAAGCAAAGUAUGUGUUAGAUUCAGAUUCAGACUCAGACCUCAGUGUCAUGAAUGGGAAAUUCCAGGCACAGGAGGAAAUGGACGAGGAUUUUGCACUUGAUGAAAAUGCAGAGUUUUCCGAUCCCACAUUGAAGGCUGCUUCUAAGAAAACUAAAGAGCCAAAAGGAAAAGAAGAAUCUAAGCCACCAGAGGUACAGAAUGCUAUCACAAUUCACGAUGAAGAUUAUGAUGAAAAAGCAAAACCACCCCCAAGUCUUGGUGUGUUCUCUAAACCUGCCCCUAAAAAGAGAGCUCUAGCCAAGAAAAUAACAAACACAGCUGAAGACAACCAGCUUUCUAUUAUGGAUGCUUUCUCUAAGAAAAAAGUAGUUGCAAAAACUAGCAAGACAGCAGUUAAGAGUUCAGAUUCCAGUACAGAUGGAGCAGCCUCCAAAAAGCCUGUGCCUGCCAAGGCAAAGAUACCUGCCAAAAGGAAACCCUCCUCUUCCUCUGAUUCUCAGGAUUCAGAUUCUGACUUUGGCCCAUCAGUCAAAAGACCAACAGCACAUAAGAAAUCCAAGAAGGUAGAUGAGUCAUUUUCAAUGGGCUCAGAUGUAGAAUUGCCUGGUCCAGCUGCACCCCGUGAAAGAGUGGGUCGUGCCAGAAAGCCUGUCCAGUAUCUCGAGGAAUCAGAUGAUGAGAUGUUCUGACUUGAAAAGAAAGCUGAUUUACAUCUCAGUCUAUCUCAUUAGAAAAUGUGAUGCGCCUGCUUUAGAAGCCCAAGCAAUGAAUUCCAAGUUUUCAUUUGCCUUUUUGAUAGCACAGAGUUUUAUCAUUGUUAUGUCUGUCCCUGUAAAUAUUUUCUCUGUUUCGUUAACACUGUUCAAUCUUUACUGGUUUUAUAUUUGGUUAAUAAAUGUUUUUUCUACAUGUGAA